ACGCCCCCUCCCCGGAUGACGUCACGCGAGUCCACGCCCCCGCGCUCAUUCAUUGAAAUUCGUGUGCACGGGGCGGCAGCAACAGCAGCAGCAACAGGUGAGCGGGCCUUUUUGAGUUCCGCGAGUACCGAGGUUGAAAACUCGGCGCCCCGGAUCAUGUCCUCAGAGCUGCCUCCUCGGCCACCGCGGGUCAUCAGAGACGCGAGCCGUGACAUUCUCUACUCACGGGGGCGCCUCCUGGGCAAGGGAGGCUUUGCGCGAUGCUACUUGGUGACUGAGGAAUACACUGGCUGCCACUUCGCCGCGAAAAUCAUCACCAAGCAGAGGGUUGAGAAGCCAGGACACAGAGCAAAGAUUGAACAAGAAAUUUCCCUUCACCGAAAACUGCACCAUCGCCAUAUCGUCCAGUUCAUAUCCAGCUUCGAAGAUGAAAACUUCAUCUACAUCAUCCUGGAGCUGUGCAAUGGGCAGUCCCUGGCACACAUGCUCCGAUCGAGGAAGGUUCUGACCGAGACGGAGGUGAAGUACUAUCUGCGGCAGCUCAUCUCGGGCCUGCGAUAUCUACACCAGUGCGGCGUGGUACAUCGGGAUCUGAAGCUGGGAAACUUUUUCGUCACCGACUCAAUGGAGGUGAAGAUUGGAGAUCUGGGUCUGGCGACCACAUUGGAGCCUCCGGAGAUGAGGAAACGCACUGUGUGUGGAACCCCCAAUUACUUGGCUCCGGAGGUUCUGAAUAAGCGAGGUCACGGUCCUGAGGCUGACAUCUGGUCACUGGGGUGUGCCGUGUUUACCAUGCUCGCCGGGCGCCCUCCCUUCUCGACCUCUGACCUCGCCAACACCUACGCGUGCAUCCGGAGCGGGCGCUUCAACUUCCCACCCUCGCUCUCCCAUGCCGCCCGUGACCUCUUGACCUCUGCCCUCACCCCUGACCCUGACCUCCGGGCGUCCCUGCUCGACCUUCAGUCCCACCCCUUCCUUACGCAGGGUUUUGUUCCGGAUCGUCUCCCCACAUCCUCGCAUCUCUCCCCUCCCAUCUUCCGGACACCGAGCUCCGCCGGUCGACUCCUCCGGAAAGCUGCGGCGACCAUCUUCCGCCGGAAGCCUCGCGGGUCAGAUAUUGUCGAUCGCCAUGGCGACGGGGGUCAAAAGAUGUUGACUAGUGACAUGCUCAAGGCCGGACUGAACUGCGCGUCAUGUCAAACGGGAAGCAACACUGAGGUUUGCUUGAGGACAGAUCUAUCUCCAACGGAGGACAGAGAAUCCAGUGAGAGAUGUACUGGAGAGAGAACCAUUAUCAGCAGCAGCAGUAGCAGCAGAAGAGAAAGCAGUGAUUGCUUGGACUCGCCGCCAGGCCCCACCGCCGACGUCGUUGGAGCGUCCAUGUCUGCCCUCAGGGUGUGCCUUAAGCACGUGGCGACAUGCCACCUACCCUCACUACAACAACAACCGCAGCAGCAGCAGCACAAAAGUUGUGAUGAAAAAAUCCAUAACGAACAAAGUUGUGAGGAACACGCGCUGACAAAACAGCAUGAGCAGCAACAACCGCAACAAACAUGCGAGAAAAGAAAGCAAGAGGAACAGAAGGAACUGGGACUCCAACCGCAGCAGCAGGAGCAAGAAAAAGUGGAUUCUGAGAACAAGGUGCCACCGGGAGAUCAGGGGUCGUCAAAGAGACGGGGCCUGUGGGUCACAAAGUGGGUCGAUCACUCGAAUCGCCUGGGGUUUGGAUACAAGCUGAGCGAUGGCAGCGUUGGAGUUCUGUCAAACGAAGGCAGCCACUUCCGCCUGCUCUCAGAUGCCACGACUGUUCAGCACCAGGCUGAGGUUGGCACAGCAACGACCUUUGAUCUGACCUCUCCCCCGCGUCACAUGACCCGAGUUGUGGCGACGCUGCGAUAUUUUACUCAAUUCAUGGAUCAACAUCUCCUUGAGGGAGUGGACGCUGUCAGCCAACGGGUGGAGAGGAGGAGCGACGAGGCCAUAUUCCUGGUCCAGUGGGUGAAGACGGACCGCGCUGUUUUGAUGCUCUUCAGCAACAACACUGUGCAGGUGAACUUCUACCGUGACCACACGAAGGUCGUCGUGUUCGGGGAGAGCAAGGGAGGGGACAAACUCCUCACGUUCGUGAACGAUCGUCGCGAGGCGUCCGAUUACAGCGCGCAGCAGCUGGGAGACUCGCCCCAUCGCGCGCUCAUCCGGACGAGGCUCGCUUACGCACUGGGACUGCUCGUAACGCAGCAGCAGCAGCAGCGGCAGGAGAAGGCGUAGUAGCUACCUUCGUCGUCAUCUGUAGUGGCGACGAUGUUGUUAGCAGCAUCAGUGGAAGCAGUAGCCGCAACCAUCAUCAUAAUGACCCAUCAUCAUGAGAAUCAUCCAUUACCAGCAGCAGCAGCAGCAUCCUAAUUUUCAUCAGCUGCUUCACACUCAUCAUUAGCAGCACUGGUAGCAUGGUCAUUAUUUGUCGCAUCAUUAUUAUCUAUUAUUCAUAGCAACAUUAUCAUCAUUAGCAACAGCGUCAUUAACAGCGGCCCUGGAAUUUUCCUAUCAUUAACAGCAACAGCAGCAUAGUCAUCAGCAAUAGUAGUCGCGGCAGUGGUGUUUUACCGGUGAAAAAAAAGUAUUGAUUUGUUCCCUCUGACAUUAGCUCAUGUGAAUCCCUUUCGAGAUAGCUAGACCCAGGGCUCCAACCUUGAACUCAGGACCUUGGUAAUUUUGGAUUAGUAUUCCUCACAUAGCCAUUAUUAAUAUAAUACAGUCAAUAUAAAAUUCCCCCGAGUCUAUCAGCUCUUGGGCAUUGAACCCCCCGGGUUCUCAGUGGUGCUGGCUCCGUGUUUAACACGGCCCCAUAAUGAAACCCCGGCGCCACCUGGACAACUAUGACCGAGCCUUAAGUUUGACAUAAAUUAAUGUAAGAUUAAUAAUGUGCUUUUAUUUUUUAAGUUAUUCAAUGUAUGCUGUUAAAAGCACUCUCCAAAAGACGAGUAUUACUCACAUCGUAGUAACACUUCUAGGCCGAGUGACUUGGGCCGUCCAACAUUAGUUCAACUUUUCGGUAACGAGACGCUUUCUGAAGUCACUACCAGCAAUAGUCCAUUGAUGUUUGCCUUAAAAGUUUUUCCAUUUUGAUUUAAAAAAUUAUAAUAAUUAGUCUGUUGUCAAUCCACUGCUGGAUGAAGCCACCCCCCCCCUCGCCCCCCAGUCCAUGUUUGUCGUGGGGGUUGUUUGACCAUACUUCACCACGUGGAUCAGUACUGGUUGGGGUUAGCUGUGGCCAGCAAUCCAGCUCAGGUCGCUGGCCUCACUGCGCAGUGCGCUAACCACUACUCCCCCCCUCCCCGUCACAUUUUAUCGAGGAUACUGAAGGUUUCUGUGGAAAAUGGCUUUGCAGCCACGCAUUCAAAUGAGUUGACGUCCUUGCCACAAGUUGACGUCAACACAGGGAUACCAGAACGUCCAUUCGUAUCUAUAGAAGGUUAAAACUUGUUGGGCAGCUCGGAGCAUAGGCCUUUGUGCAGCUACCGUAGACGAGCCAUUUGCUACUUUGGGGUCUCUAUUUAUAAACUAUCUUUAUAUUUUAAGUUAUAGAUCUAUUUAAGGAUGUUGGAAAACGCUCGUGGGUAAAAUGCGUGUCUAAAGUGUUUUUUUUUCCUUACAAAGUUGGAGUCUCUACUUCAAGGGCUUUGGGGUGGUGUCAAUUCGGUAUGGUAAUGAUGCAUCAAUAUUACACGACAUGUAUCGAACAGUGUGGAUCUUAUUGUUUUAAGAUGUCUGCAAAUGAUACGCCAAUGUUGUAAUUAGGUUAAUAUUGUGUACAAAACUACGACUGAUAACAAAAAACACGAGACCAAAUUUUUUUUGUUUAAUUUAAUUGUGAGUUUUGCACACUUAGUGCUCACCUCUAUUGGUGACCCUGUAGUGGAAAUUCCACACUCCUAUCCAGCAACCAGUUCACAGGAACCACUGUGAGUCGACCCCAUUAGGGUAUUAAACUUAUGGAGGCUGUCUGAGUCCAGCACUCCGAAGUGACCCUUCAGCGAUAUUUGUGAUUUGAUUAUUUAUUUCACGGAUUAAUGUAUUGUAAUGUCUCAUUUUUUUGUUAUUUAAUAUUUCGUACAGCAGCUACGACACCUUAGGUGUUUUUGGUUUUAAUAUUUAAGUGAAAUUUAUUUUCACAUUUUAAGAUCAACAUUUUAAGUGUAAUUUUGUGGCACUUUUUGAAUUAAAAACGGCGACUUAAAUUUUAACACUUAAGACUGCGUUGUAAAUAUUUUCAAUAACUUAAUGUAUUCACCUCUAGAUUGUGAUUUUUAUAGAAAAAUAAAGGUGCGUUUUGUAUAUGUUUUA